GUGGCUCAUCUCAGCUCAACUCCAUCAUCUCAUGCCCUACCUGGGAGCCAUGGACGCAAAUUACAAACCAUACAUCGCCGCAGUCAUCAUCCAGCUGACAUAUACUGGCUACUUCGUGAUAUCCAAAGCAGCUUUCGACGAGGGUUUGAGCACGUUCGUGUUCAUCUUCUAUCGACAAGCAGCUGCUUCGGUACUACUCGCCCCCCUCGCUUUUGUCUUCGAAAGGAAUUCCUCUCCACCAUUGACGUUUAUGGUGUCGUUGAAACUGUUCAUGCAUGCAAUGCUUGGGAUUACUUUGAGUUUGAACUUGUAUAACAUCGGAGUGAAGUAUACUUCAGCAUCAGUGGCCUCAGCAACUGCGAACUCCGUCCCGGUAUAUACCUUCUUCUUUGCUGUGCUCUUCAGAAUGGAGACCAUGAAGGUGAAGAGGAUCUCAGGAAUAGCCAAGGCAGUGGGAAUAGCACUUUGUGUGGCCGGAGUGGUGAUGACUGCCCUCUACAGAGGCUCUUACAUCCAUCCCCUGAACCUCCAUGGCUCCUCCGGCCGCCACACAAGUCCAACACACCAGAAGGCAGCUCUGCCAAAGACCACCUGGAUCAAAGGCACCCUUUUCAUGAUCACCUCCAACAUAACCUGGGCAUUGUGGCUGGUCUUACAGGGGAUGUUGCUGAAGGAGUACACUUCCAAGCUUCUCUUCACAACACUCGAGUGCCUUUUCGGCACAUUUCAGUCGCUGUUUGUUGCGAUAGCAUUCGAGAGGGACAGCUCCAAGUGGAAGCUGCAGUGGGAUAUGGGCCUGCUUGCCAUCCUCUACAGUGGGUUUGUGGUGACAGGAGUUUGUUUCUAUUUGCAAACAUUUUGUGUCGAGAAGAAGGGCCCUGUGUUUUCGGCAAUUUUCACACCUCUAAAUAUUGUUUUCACCAUGAUAUGUUCAUCUGUUUUCCUAGGAGAGAUGAUUUCUGUGGGAAGUAUUUUAGGUGGACUUCUUAUGGUUGGAGGCCUUUAUGGAGUCCUAUGGGGAAAGAACAAGGAAAGAGCUCUCUGUCAGGUCUCAAUCGAAGAAGGAAAGCCAGCACAUGCAGGAGAAGGAAGCAACAUGGCCUGAACUAUUUUGAUGUUAUUUCUACUUCGAAACAUGAAAGAAAUCCUUGUGUUGAAGAAAUCAAGAGUUGGAAGUGCUACCAAAUGAAAUCUGCAGCUAAAUUUUGAGUUCAUGUUGAUCAACCAAACAGCCAUGGUUUAUGAAUCAAAACAGUGAAGAAUUUUGUUUUUUGUA